GGCGAUCCAAUCUACGGGAGAGGCGAGCAACGGCGACACCGGCGGCGCGUGCGCACUCGCGCCGCGCGUUGAGGUUAGAUCUCGCCACGGGCCCAGACGCGUACGCGCCUGAAUGUUUGCGCAGUCGAUCCGGAGUGCGCGGAGGCCCGCGGAGAGAGGGAAAGCCGUCAACUAUGGCCGGCGCGGCAGGCAGGCUACGGGAGAAAUGUGGCAGCGGGUUUCGCUUAGUACCGACUUAGACUGCUCUAAGUGGUGGUCGUGUGCACGCUCGCGUCCGUCGUCGCAUCAUCUCGAGCACGAGCACGCACUAUCGGGACGUUGGAUCGCAGGCUUGUGCGAAACACGGCCGGCGGGGAACGUACGCGGCUCGCACAGCCGAGCGACGACGGCGACCACGAACACGACCGCGACAACAACAACAACGACGACGACGGCGACGAGGACGAGGACGAGAACGACGACGACGACGACGACGACGACGACGACGACGAGGACCAGUGGUGACAGUAGUGACAAGCCGAGCGUGCAACGGUGAACACAACGGGCCGAGGUCGGCAUUCCGGUACGACACGGACUGCUCAGGGCGUCGCACGUGAUUGAUCGUCGCGCGAUUCACGCGGGAAAAAAAUCACGUCGCUCGACGUCGCCGCCGUAAUCUCGCGCGCGCACGUUCGCCCCUGUCAGCGAAGGCUGUGCACUGGCGAGGGAGAGAGAGAGAGAGAGAGACAGAGAGAGAGAGAGAGAGAGAAAGAGAGAAAAGGUAGGAGCCGUCGCCGGCGGACGUAUUUACGUCGCGGGUAACCUAAAAACCGAUCUCUCUGGACGCAGCGUGAUAUCGGUAGGACGCGCGCGCAUGCGCGUCGCGGCUCGCUCUCGUGCGCGAAUUUCAAGCGAGACGAGCGGGCUCACGUGUUACGUACGCGGCCGAGACGCGGACGCGGACAGUGAGUAGUUGGUGAAGAAGUGCUUGCUCGAGAGGAGGAAAGUGCUACGGUUUCGUCGGCCAGUGAGUGCGGGCCUACCGCGGACGUCUCCGGCGGAAUCGGAUCGAGGUACUCGCUCGAUGACGAAUUGACCGAUCGGGGAAGGUGCCCGAGAGCGAGAGCGAGAGCGAGAGCCAGCAGCCAUUUCGCUAAGUAGUAACCGCGCGCGCGGGCGAAUGCAUGACGGAUCAUGGUUUCCGCGUCCGGUCCCAUAUCCACGGGGAUCCUAGCGGGACGCCCUUCAGGAUCGCAGGGCCCGCGGCAGAAUUGCGCCGCGGAGUGCGAGAAGGACGCGCAAGCGGCGAAGAGCGCCGCCAAGAGCCGGCACGAGUCGGACCUCUACGUCAGACCCAGCUGGACGGAUGCCGCGAUAGCGUUGGAUCAACUCGAGAAGGGGAAGGCGGAGGGUCAGAGGUCAGCGGUGUGGAUCAGGGCGCGACUGCAGGAUCAACUGAGUCAGCUGGGUUACUUCCUGCAGAGGCAUGCUGGGAAAGUGCUGUUCGUCGCGAUCCUCGCGCUCGCGACGUUCUGCGUCGCCCUCAAAUCCGCUCAGGUUCAUAGCAAGGUCGAGCAACUGUGGGUGCAGGAAGGCGGAAGGUUACAGAAAGAGCUGACCUACGCCUCGGAGGCCCUCGGCGAAGCCGCCGCAUCGACGCACCAGCUCGUCAUCCAGACGCCGAGGCAUUCCGGGGCGAAUAUACUGCACCCGACCGCGCUCAGGGAACAUUUGACGGUCCUGAAGGCUGCGACGCAGGUUCAGGUGCACCUGUUCGAGAUCACGUGGAGACUGAAGGACUUGUGUUACGCGCCGAGCAUACCCAACUUCGAUCUGCACUACAUCGACCAGAUUUUCGACAGUAUUAUACCGUGCGCCAUCAUCACGCCCCUCGACUGUUUUUGGGAAGGUAGCCAACUUUUGGGUCCGGAAUAUCCUGUUCAUAUACCAUUUCUCUUUCGGUUAAGCAGUGGAGCGUACAACAAACCCGUCCAAUGGACGAACCUGAAUCCUUCCAGUAUGCUGGACGAGAUGAAGAAGUUGCAGUUCGCGUUUCCCUUUAAAACGCUCGAGGACUACAUGAAGAGGGCCGGAAUAACGAAUGGCUAUCAGGGCAAGCCGUGUCUGAAUCCGGCGGAUCCGGAAUGCCCAGAAACCGCGCCUAACAAAAAAACCCAACAGGUACCCGACGUAGGAGCUGAACUGACAGGGGGCUGCUAUGGAUUCGCCGCUAAGUACAUGCACUGGCCCGAAGAGCUGGUGGUCGGCGGCGCGAAGCACAAUAAAACUGGCCACUUGACUCGGGCGGCCGCCUUGCAGACUGUGGUGCAGUUGAUGGGAGAACGGGAGCUGUACGAUUUCCUGGCGAACACCUACAAGGUUCAUCACAUAGAUUGGUCGCAGGAGAAGGCCGCCCAGGUGCUGGAGACGUGGCAGCGAGCGUUCAGCAACGAGGUGAAGAAGGUGCUGGAUGCCAAUGGAUCGACUCCCUACAAUCUGUAUGCCUUCAGCACGACUACGAUGAACGACAUACUCGGGAAGUACAGCGAGGUGUCUGUUAUGAAGAUCGUCAUCGGAUGCGUGCUCAUGCUAGUGUACGCGGGAGUAGCGCUCCUUCGUUGGAAGGAUCCGGUGCGCUCGCAGGCCGGGGUGGCGAUCGCCGGCGUGAUGCUGGUCUGCGCCACGGUGGCCGCCGGGCUGGGCUUCUGCGCGCUCCUGGGAAUUCCGUUCAACGCCGCGACGACGCAAAUAGUGCCGUUUCUCGCGCUCGGCCUGGGCGUGCACGACAUGUUCCUGCUGACACACACGUACGCCGAGCUGUCGGUGAACGAAGUGCCCAGUGGCGAGCAGACCGGAGUGGUCCUGAAGAGAACCGGCCUGUCGGUGUUGCUGACGGGCCUCAGCAAUGUCUCCGCCUUCUUCGCGGCGGCAUUAAUCCCGAUCCCGGCUCUGCGAGUCUUCUGCCUGCAGGCUGGUAUCCUGCUGCUGUUCAAUUUGGCCGCCAUGCUGCUGGUGUUCCCCGCGAUGGUCAGCCUGGAUCUGCGCCGUAGGCGCUCCGGACGGGCGGACAUUCUCUGCUGCUGCCUCCCGGCGGCGCCCAACUCCGCCAAGAACAGAUACUCCACGAAUAACGGCAUGGCCAAGCAGACUGUCACCAGGGCGAUACCGCCUGAGCGACGGGAGACCUGCACGCAGAUCCUAACGUCGCAAAGCACACAGAACGAGUCCUGGAUAGGUGGAAGCAUCGACGUGGAGUUGGACAAGCAAUGCACCGAGGAAGACGCGCUGACCGGCUGUUCGCAGGACGACUGCCUGAGCUUCUCGCUGACGCAACUCGCGGCGAGGUAUUACGCGCCCUUCAUCAGCAGACCGGCCACCAAGGUGUUCGGCAUGUUGGUCUUAGCGGCCGUGUUGGCCGGCAGCAUGUGGCAAGCGUUGCGCGUGCGCGACGGCCUCGACCUAACCGACCUGGUGCCGCAGAACUCAAACGAGUACGCGUUCCUGGCCGCUCAGGCGAAGCACUUUGGUUUCUACAACAUGUACGCGGUGACCGGGCGGGACUUUGAGUACCCGAACAACCAGCGGCUGCUGUACGAGUACCACGACGCGUUCGUGAGGAUCAAGAACGUCAUCAAGAACGACAACGGCGGCCUACCGGAGUUCUGGCUCGGCCUCUUCCGCGACUGGCUCAAGGGUCUGCAGACGGCCUUCGACAAGGACUACAGCAGCGGCUGCAUCACACAGGAGCGCUGGUACCAGAACGCCAGCGACGAGGCGAUCCUGGCGUACAAGCUGCUCGUGCAGACCGGCUACGUGGACAACCCCAUCGACAAGACGCUGAUCACACAGGUGCGCCUCGUCGACUCCGACGGCAUCAUCAACCCGCGCGCCUUCUACAAUUACCUGAGCGCCUGGGCGUCCAACGACGCGAUCGCCUACGGCGCCUCCCAGGCGAACCUUCGGCCCGAGCCCCGUCAGUGGUUCUACACCAACGACCAUGAGCUCAAGAUCCCGAAGAGCAUGCCGCUCACGUACGCGCAGAUGCCGUUCUACCUGCACAAGCUCACCGACACGCAGGAGAUCACCGACCUGAUCGCCAGCGUGCGCAAUCUCUGCCGGAAGUUCGAAGAGCGCGGCUUACCCAACUUCCCGUCCGGCAUACCAUUCCUCUUCUGGGAGCAGUACAUGGAUCUGAGGAGCUGCUUGGGCUUCGCUCUCCUAGCCGCGCUGGGUGCGAGCGUGGUGGUGAUUGGCGUGCUGUUGUUGAACCUGUGGGCCGCCCUGAUGGUCGGUUCCUCUUUGGCUGCCGUUGUUCUGCAGCUGUUGGGCAUUAUGGGCCUGUGCGACAUUAAGCUGAGCGCUGUGCCGGCCGUACUACUGGUGGUCAGCGUGGGCAUCGCUGUUCACUUCACGGUGCACAUUUGCCUAAGUUUCGUCACCAGCGUGGGCAGCAGGGACCGCAGGAUGCGCUUGGCUCUGGAGCACAUGUACGCGCCCGUGAUCCACGGCGCGCUCACCACGCUGCUCGCGGUGUCGAUGCUCGCCUUCUCAGAGUUCGACUUCAUAGUGAAUUACUUCUUCCUCGUGCUGCUCUGCCUGAUCGGCAUCGGCCUGGUCAACGGGAUCUUCUUCUUCCCGAUUCUGCUGUCGCUGAUCGGGCCGUCGGCGGAGGUGGUGCCGAACGACCAUCCGGACCGCAUAUCCACGCCGACGCCGCCGCCGUCGCCGGUCGUCAGGAGGUCCAAGCCACCUGCGCCGCCCAGGCGGUCGCACAGGAUCGAUAACGCCCGGCUGCACGCCGAGCCGUCGCUCACGACCAUCACCGAGGAGCCCAACUCGUGGCACAGCACGCAGGAGUCCUGCAUCAUCGUCCAGCCGGAGGUGAAGGUGGAGACCACGUCUACGUGCGGCAAUCAGAACUGUAGCGGAUCGGACACGAGUGGGUCUAGUCAAACGUCGCCGGUUCCGUCCACGUCGCACAUCACCACUAAGGUCACCGCGACGGCGAAUAUUAAGGUCGAGGUUCACACACCGCUGACCAUAGGUGGAGUGGAUCGUAGUGAAAAAUGCCGGCACACGGGCACCAGCAGCCGAAGGAGCUCGCGCUGCAACGCGAACGUCAAUGCUGGGGAGUCUUCCAGCUCCAGUCCUGAACCGGAUACGGACUCUAACCCAAAACACUAACAACAAGUACCGGGGAGACCGGCAGCUACUGCUCAAGUACCACGCAAAGCGGGAACACACAGAAGGCUGACUAGGAUAGGUAAUAGGUUCUCCAUUCCCCUCACCGUCCCCGACCCUCUUCUCCUUCCUCCUUCUCUCUUCUCACCCGACGACCGCUUCUUCCUCUCGAGUGAACGACGCAACACGCUUGUCUUGCUCGGACCUUAAGGACGAAAAGUAUUACAGCAGCACACACGCGACCCUGCCGAUGCGUCCUCGCGCUAUGUGAGAACUGCCGUUGAGGAAACAUCCUCAUCUCGCGCGUUUUAGCUUAUCUCCGCGUACCUCUUCCGAUCACGAUACUCUCGGCUCCUCAUCUUUUCGGACGCUCUGCUGCGAAAGCAGAAUCGUUCCGACCGUGAAGCUCCGCUAAACACGUUGGAACGCGCUUAGCGGAGAUGAGCGGGAGCGACAACGCGUGCGGUAAAGUUCAACAGAUCCCAAUUUAGUAAUUUGUUCUAGAUAAAUUUAUUUAAAUUGGCGCUUUACACCGUAAUAAAGACAGGGUGAAUUUCACAUUCGAUUAUACACUUACCUAGAGGCGCGCAAGAGGAUUCCACGUGGUUCUCUCGUACUUCGUUCACGAAGGCGGGCGGUUAGCCUGCGUUUCUGAAAACGAGACACCGAAGUGCCCAGUGUGUUCGUUGUUCGUCGUGGUAGUAUCCGUAAAACGUCCGCCGAACACGAGAAGAGAAGCGUUCACCCAACUGUACAUACCUGCCGUAGGUAGCAUUUAACUAGAAAGCUAAAGGUUACUGCCACUAAUAAGGAACGCGACGUGUCUCCUAAAUGUAAUCGCGAGAUCCUGAGAAGAAGACGACGACGAUGACGACGACGACGCUUCAUCGCGAAGCGAGAAUCGAAGGAACUUUCUUUCCUCUCUCAGAUAUCACUAUUUAUUUUCUACGUUUAUCAUAUUGUAUAACGUACGUGCAGUGUGUAUAUGUCUACGAAUGCGAUACCGAAUCUCUAAGAUUUAUUUAUUAUUUAUUGUAAUAUUUCUCAGCAUUUCACUGUUGUGCGGGUGUUGUGCGAGCUCUCGAUAUCUCUGCGCGUUGCAAUCUUACCCACCACUCUCUCUCUCUCUCUUUCGCGCGCGCGCGCACACACGACGACGACGACGACGAGUUGUAAAAAAGGAAAAAAAAAACAUAUUAUUUAUGUCGGAGCAGAGUAUCCUUAUCACGUACGCGAGACGGUACUUAAUUUAACGAAGUAUCUAUUCCUAUUCUCACAUUCAUACCUCUAAUGUGUAUAAAGUUGUAACAUACAUCGUACUACGUGACGCCAUACACUCGUUUGCGCGACAAGUUUACGCGCGAAACGCACGCGACUUCGAAACGCUGCUCUCCCGCUGCGAUUGCGUGGUGAUCGGCUCCGACCGAAAUCGAAUGGCGAUGCAAGUGCUGGCCUUUCACUAUCUUACCUGACGGCUGAAGAACCAACAGCCGGUUGCUCCAACUUCUUGGUAAGUUGACUGAUAAUUAAAUCACAUAUCUGUCUUUGUCUAGGUUGAAGGAAAAAACAAAGGCAAACAUGUGAUUUAACUAUCGGUUAACUAUCGGUUAACUUAAGAAGUUGGAACAACCGACCCUAACACUUUCUCUCCCGAAUCCUUCGCGCGGUUGCAAUGUCAUAUAUCAUCACUCGGAUUCGUGCAAUAACUAAUUACCGUUCAACUUGAUCGGGAAGAACAUACAAACCGCCGGCGCUGCCAAGCACUCGGGUAUUCAACCAGAUAGCCGAGAUUGGUUCCAAUCCGGAAACUCAAAGUCGCGCUGUUUGCAUGAUCUGAAUUAUUCGGAUCCAAGUCGGACUGUAAUAAAAAAUCAAACUCUAAUCCAAAGUGGGACUUGCUCAAAAAAAAAGAUAAAAGGACGAAUCGAUUCAACAACAAAAUUACCUGAAAUAAUUAUCCAAGCGCAAUAACCGAGUAUGAUGAUGCGGUGAUGAGAAGUGUUGCUUCACAUCAGUUGUCGAAUUGUCGCGAGCGAAUUGAGAGCGCUGCGAACGCGCCUGUUUUGGCCGACUCUGCUGCGAACUUGGAUCCGGUUCAGCGGAUUCGGUGCUUCGGCUGUCCGAAGCGUCGCAUUUUAUCCGCUAUCCGAACAAUCAGACAUCCGGAUGAUGUCAGACCCGAGCGAGUAUCGAAGUCCUAGGUGGGCGGCGAGCCGUCGUGCAAACGAGUGUACAAUAAUCGCUGCGCCGAGCAUUUGUCGUAAGGUGUGACUCUCGUGAAAUUCUGUAUGAUAUAGGACAGAGGAGGUCUCUUUUCGUUGUAUAUGUGUGCGUAUACGCGUGUACGCGCAUGCAUACAUGUAGAAAAAAGUGCAGAGUCAAUUUUGUAUACAUAUGCGACACCUUAGCUGUUAGUAUUUAAUUAAUGCGACGGGACGCGCGUGUCCGUGCCACGCGGCGGCUUUUUUUGCACAUUGUAUAAAGUA